UUUUUUGUCACACUGCAAGCAUUUCAAAAUAAACAUUGUGUCUGUCAAAUGUCGUAUGUUAGUAAAUAAUUCAAAAAACCAUUUAAUAAAUUAAACCCCGUUUCAAUAAAGUAAAUUUACAGCUCAAGUCUUUGUUUGAUGCAACCGUAUUUAGAGAAGCAUUGUUUUACAAUCUAAAUGGAAGUUAAUUUCUUGAAAUUUUGUGAAAAAGGAAACUUGAUUGCAGUCAAGAAAUGUUUAGAUGAAGGUGUAAACUCGAAUUUCCAAAACAAUGAGGGAGAAUCACCAUUGCAAGUGGCUGCAGCAAAUGGAUACUUGGAUUUGGUGACUUUACUUCUUAAGUCUGGAGCAUCUGUUGAUCUUCCUAACAACUAUGGGUGGACACCUUUAAUGCAUGCUGCUAAAUACGGUCAUACAUCAGUUGUAGCUCAUUUGAUUAAAUCAAAAGCUAAGGUUAACAUUACUAACAAAUUAGGCAUCAGUGCUGUCCUUGCAGCUGCAUACAGUGGAAAUCUAGCUACCGUGAAAUUGCUUAUUGAAGCUGGUGCUAUGGUCCAACACAUGUCUGCUGGGAAUGAGACAAAUGAGAGUGAUUUAUCAACAGUGAUGGCAGUUUCAUUUUUUGGGUAUAGUCCUGUUUUAAAGUAUUUAGUACAAAAUGGGGGAAUCAUUCAUCAUUCUUCUCCUGUUACAGGUCUAACUCCCUUGAUGCUAGCUGUUUGUGCUGGUCAUAAUAAAAUUGCACACUUUCUGGUUGAAAAUGGUGCAGAUUUUAAUGCUAUGGAUAUCUGUGGAAGAACUGCCUUAGAUUAUGCCCACAUUUUUAAUCAAUUAGAAAUUAGAAUAAGUUUAGAGAAUCAAAUAACUUCUAAACCUAGCAGCUUUUCGAAUAAAAUUGAUGUGUUUAAAGUUAUAAAAGAUGGAGAUGUUUUAAAAAUUAAAUCUGUCUUGGAACGGGAUCCACCUUUAGUAAAUUCUUCUCAGUCACCAUCUGGAAUUACUCCCUUGAUGGUAGCUUCAGUGCUUGGUUUAUAUGAUGUAGCUAACAUUUUAAUAUCUCAUGGAGCUUCCCUACAUAUCCAAGAUACUGAAAAAGGUUGGACUGCUUUGACGCAUGCUGUUUUCAAUGGGCAUUUCGAAAUUGUGAAAUUGUUAUUAGAUGCUGGAGCAAAUGUUAAUAUAUGUGCAACAAAUGGCUGUACUGCAUUAGAUUUGGCUAAACAGAAUGUUAGUUGUCCUUCCACUAUUAUUGACAUGUUGUCAGCUAAAUAUAUGCUCGAGAUGAAAAGUACAUUGCUAACUCCAGAAAUUACUAAAAGAGGGAGAUCAUCUGCUUCAGAAAGAUCAUCAUCGAAACGAAAUCUCUCUCAAACUCGAAUGAAGGAAUGGAUUGGAGGCAUGGCCCAGCAUUUGCAAAACAAAAUGCUUACUUUGCGCUCUCCUAAAUAUUCCGAGAAUGCAUCAAGUACAAAUAUAACUACCAGUGAUGAAUCCUCAAAUGAAGUCUUUCUUGAACAAACUUCUCAACCUGAAGAAUUGGAUAAAGAAACUUCGAAUUCUUCAAUUAUACUAUCUCCGGAUGUGUAUUUAGCAGAUGUUUUAAAAGAGCACAAAGUUGAAGCAAUCAUCCCUCCUUUUCCGCCUAUAUCAACUGAUUUUGUUAUGUCAAUGAAAGAAAGCUAUAAAAGAUCGUCAGAUAAAAAUAAAAAACAUCAAAAAAAUUCUCUUCGAGUCCCUAACCUUUUGAAAAGUUAUUAUCGAAAGAAACAAUCUGUUGGUUGCAAUGUAGAAACAAAUGAAAAAGUCAUUACUCCACAUGAGAAGUCAUUAACAAAAGAAAAUGAAACAUGUUCUAGUCUAAAUAGUCAAUGUGAAAAUCUGACUUUAUCUUCAAACACUGUAGUUGAGCAAACUGAAACUUUAUUGAUUGAUAAUAAACUUAGUGCAGGGGAUUUAGCACUGUUUCUAAAUGAAGAAUCUCUACAGAAAUAUACAGAAACAUUUAGAAAUCAAGAAAUUGAUAUGGAAACUUUUCUUCAUCUUACACCAUCUGACCUGUAUGAAAUUGGUAUAAAAAAUACUGAAUCGCAGAAAAAGUUAAUGGAUCUUAUAAAAAAAUUACAAAAUUCUAAAUAGGCAUUUAAUACAGUUUUUAAGCAACCUGCUUAUAUUAUUUUUGUUAUCUGUUAAUUUAUUUAAACUGGUACUCAUUUGAGUCUAAAUAUAAAUUUAUGAAUAGAUUGUCUUUAAUAUAACUGUCUGUUUUGAUAGUUUGAAAAAUUUUUUGUCUGUUUAAACGAUAUCUUAAAAUUUUUGUAAAAAAUAAUUAUG